AUGCUGGAGCUUCGACUAGUCCACCCGGAACCUUUGACGGAGUGGAGAUUUCAAGCGUCUUUCGCCGACACGUCCGUUAUCCCCGCCAGGACUGUCAUCCUCGACGACCUCACCGUGGAUGAAGACAACUUUUUGCUGUUUGAUUCCGCACAAACCUCAGACAUCCCGGUCCCGUCACGAUAUUUUAACCCGUUCGUGUAUUUCCCCGGGCUUAGUCGACCUAGUGAUCUAUAUGGACAUGUUUUGCGUAUCAUCGUGACGUCCAUCAAACCUGUCACGCGCAUCGUGAUCAACACCUCGGUGCAGUUCACUCUUACGCCAGACGAAGCUGUGGUAGAGCCGGCCGCCGAUUCCAUCCGCAAGCACUCGGAGGCCGUGGCGAGUCAAGAAGCCAGCCUCUUGAAGGAAAAACCAAGAACGAAGCAGUCGAGACCAGUUCUCCAAAGCAACCACGUCGAGAGCACCGCCAGCCUGGCGAUGGACCAGUGCAGUCCAUGGAGCGCUGGUGAGCAGGAUGACCCCACUUCGAUCACUGACACCACACCAGUGCCAAUACUAGGGCAAAUGAUCACGUUGCAGUUGGAGGACCCUCGAUCCCCGCCACCGAUUGCGUCCCCUCAAAAGGGCCCCACAACGGAGCACCUCGGAAAAUCUCCUCGACUGCCCAUGACUACCAUCGACAAGAAAAAGAUGCAGUUGCAACACCUGCGCACCAGUAUGCGAAGAGAAAUGCUGCGCGAGGAGGAGGUCGACUGCAACAUGUAA